AUUUUUAGAAGAAUUAACAACUAAGAAGAUUAUAUUAUGGAAUUUGAGUAACACACGUCGUAAACUUAACCGAUACAGAAAUUUUGUUUGUUAAGAAAAAGUUUUCUAAACUAAUUUUGAUUGCAUUGUGUUUAUAGGUACCGAUCUGAACAGUUAGGUGUACUGUUAAAUAUGGAGCCGAUAACACAUAAAAUAGCAGUAUUCGAAAAUAUAUUUGUUCAAAUUACAUUGGCAGUUGUUACAUUAUUAGUUGCCAAAAUCAUUCACUGGAUGUAUUAUGUCCCUAGCAAUUGGGUAAAGGAAAUCAACACAGUAGGUUAUGAUCUACCUAGUAGCAACUCCAACAAUUAUUCAGCUACAUAUAAAAAGGAUUAUAUCAAUCGUAUGCGUCGUUUUCGUAAAAUUGGUGCUUCAGAUCUACCUCCACCAUUUCCUAAUGGUUGGUAUUGUAUCUUAGAGUCAUCUGCUCUUGGCCCUGGAGAAGUUCAAAGCGUAUCAUGUUUGGGGGAACAAUUUGUCGUUUAUCGUACAAAAAGUCAUGAAGUAUAUGUUUUAGAUGCUUAUUGUCCCCAUAUGGGUGUCAAUAUGGGUAUUGGAGGGCGUGUUGUAGGUGAUAAUAUUGAAUGUCCAUUUCAUCAGUGGAGUUUCCGAGGAAGUGACGGGAAAUGCGUUAAUAUUCCAUAUAGCUCAUGUGUUCCAGAUAAUUCUCGAGUUCGCAAAUGGAUGACAAAAGAAGUGAAUGAUAACAUAUUUAUAUGGUAUCAUUCAGAAGAACACAAUAUUCCAUGGGAAUUGCCGGUUGUUGAAGAGAUUGAAAAUAAAGAAUUAGUGUUCUUAGGACGUAAUGAAUUUUAUGUAAAUUGUCAUAUUCAAGAAAUUCCUGAAAAUGGUGCAGAUAUGGCCCAUUUUGCAGCUAUUCACAAUGUAAACUUUUUAGCAGGUGGAAUCAAUGCCAACAAAAGUAAUUUCGCAAAAACAGGAACUCACCACUGGAAAGCAACAUGGACGAGUUCUAAAUCAACUGCAAAACAUAUAGCACUCAUAUCGUUAACACAUUCACUUGAAUUAAUUCCUAAAGUCCAUAUUUUUGAAAUGGAUGUUAUAGGUCAUCAGAUUGGCCCAUCUUACGUUCAAUUACAUUUGAAAUCAAAGACUUUCGGAAAUAUUGAAAUUUUACAGACCGUUACUCCAAUAGAACCACUUGUACAAAAAGUGGUUCACAGAUUUUAUGCACGUAGAAAAAUAGCGCCCAUUAUGAAACUCUUUGUUUGUGCAGAAAGUAUUAUGUUUGAACGGGAUAUGGUCAUGUGGAACCACAAAAUCUUCCGCAAUAAGCCGCAUUUGGUUAAGGAAGAUUCCUCCAUUAAAGCAUUUCGUAACUGGUAUUCACAAUUCUAUUCUGAAAACAGUAAAACAUUCAUUGAUGUUCGCAAUAAUUUGGGUUGGUAAAAAAUGUUUAAUAAAAAAUUUAAAACAUUAACUAUAUUAAAACAGAAAAAUGUAUUUAAUAUUUCAUAUUAUGCAUUCAAAAAGUUUCAAAAUACAUUUACAA